UUCAACACGAGAAAUAGACGACAUAGUGAUUCUAGAGGAAGACUGUUUUAGAUUCGACUGAAGUGAUCCGCAGGUUAUGGAAGUCUGAGCUGUCUGGGACUAAGACCCGUCCUGCGUGCUACCAGUGAACUGUAUUGAGGAUUAAGGUCACGCAUCUUACGUUUCAUUGGGGAAGGAACAAAUGUCAACUCGAUCUACUCAUUAUUUUCACGUCAGAACGGACAAAGAACAACGAAAGCGUUUUUCUGCUUUCUGAACUGCAAAUUCACCAUAGAAACGUAUGUCAGGAAUUUUCAAAGCUCCUGUUGAUCAAGUAUUUUGUAUAAUGGGCUUUAUCCUCGAAAAUCGUUAUCUUGCCAAGCAAGACGUCAACAGAACGAUAUGAUUACUUAAUAUGUCUGCCGAUAUUUUAAGUCGAUUGUACAGGUUGAACUUUCCUGACUGCACAAAAGAAGCAUUGGCAUUCUUAACUUCUUUUAUAUCACAAGAUUGUCCUAAAAUUCCUGGUUUAAAUGCAAACACUGAACAGAUUAUUGUUGAAAUUUGUCAAGAAUUUGUUCUUUUUAAAUCAGCCAGAGGUCCUCAAAAGAAACUCAAUGCUGUACAAGAACUUCAUCUUCUGGACAUGAUUUGUACAUGUUUUUCUGAGGCACCUGAAAAAAGUAAAUACAGAAUCUUCAACCUGAUGUUUGGGGCUCGUGGAGAUGGAACAGUUAAUCUCCUUACAAAAUUAUUAUCUUUAGCCAUGUCAGUCAAAUGUAUACCAGUAUUAUUUUGUGCUGCUAUUUGGAUGCAGGAACGAGAUAGUCUUAGCCCAGAUGUGAAAGGUUUAACCCAAAGAUUAGUUAGUGAUUACUGCAUUUUAUAUCCAGAGCAAUCCACAGUGUUCACAACAUUACCUUCAGUCUCACCUUUAUUUGCUUGUAAUCUUGUUACUGCAGCCACAUCUUUAUAUUCAUUUGCAGGUGCUGACAGCCUUCCUCCACUAACUCUUGUUCAACAUGUAAGUGAGUGGGUCUACAAAGACAACACUAUGUGCUGUGAGUCCCUGCGACAAGCUGCCAUCCACAGUGCAUACACCACGCCUGUACCUGGCUUGACUGGCUGGUGUGUCAGGGGGCCACUGGUGUGCUGCCAGCUAAGGGAAAAGUCAGAUUCCCAUAUUGGGCAGGCCCAGAUAGAUUUGAUGCUCUCGUGCCUUGACAAACUGCAUCUAGCACUGUUACAGAGUUUGACAUUUACAGCCUCUGUGAACCUUUCACCAGGUUUAAUAAGCGCUAGUGAUUUAGCUCAUAUAGCCCAGACACUUCAAGUUGUCUUUCGACCAAAUCCAAGCAAGUUAGAGUCUUUGGCCUGUAACACUGCAUUAGAAAGAUUAGCUCAAAUCUUGCAAGUAGCUUCCUGCACAAGGACUUACAUAGCAGAUAGAGGUAAAAUCAAAGAAAUAGAAACUCUUGCCAAGCUAAAACUACCAUACAACAGACUUUUAACAAUGGUAUUAUCUAAUCAACUACAGAGUGGACGGCCAUAUCAAUCAAAUACUGUUAAUUAAAGGAUCUUGACAGUUGACAAAUUUGUUUAUGAAAAUUAAAUGUCUUUUGUCGGUGAAUGUUGAAAACACGACUACAUCAGCUCUCAGUUUAAGUCGUGACACCACAUCAGCACUCUGCUUGAUCAAGUCAUGUGACAUGACUACAUCAGCUUUCAGUUUGAUCAAGUCACGUCUAAUAGUAUACUGUUAAUGUUAUCUUAGUGGUUUUUUUUACUGUAUCUGUGCAUUGUGAAUUCUGAACACAAAAUGAUCCUUUUAUUUUAAUUACAGAACGGCUCUUUCCUAAGAGCUUUCACAAAUGCAUUGAACUCAGAUAGUAAUAUAAAGAUUUAUGAUAACUAGAGACCUAUCUUCUGUAAUUUGACUAAUUUGACAGUCCACUCAAGUCAUUGUGCCUUUUUUAUUUUAAUACUAGCUACUAAGCAAUGCACUGGAAUGUUGAUAAGCUCCAUUAUUUGCAAAGUAAAGUAUCCUGUAGUGAAUGGAGUGACAGUUUCUGUGUGCAGCAGUCUCAGUACAUCAGAAAGAGAAGAAAACAAUGUAAUGUACAGAUCUUAUUGUUGUGGUUUUGUUUGAAGUUGGCCAUUUGAUUUGCUUUUCUGAACUGUAUGUUUUUAUACUUUGUAUAUACCCGGUACUAAGAUCAUGUAGUAUGUGAAAAUAAAUAUGUAUCAUUUUUUUAAUAUA